UAUGAUAAUGUAGUAUGUGCUUACAUGUACUAAUUUACAUAUUAACAUGAUUUUAUACUCAUACCAUAUAAUUUGAUAGAGAUGCUCAUAUGGAACUUAACACUCUUCAGGUCAUCAGCAUGUGUGAAGGUUCAGCAACAUAUGCCUGAAAGCUUGCUGCAGAAGAUUGGAUAAAUGUUGACGCUCUGUUUAAUUAAUUCUUAAUAAGUUGCAUAGUUGCAUCAACUAGUUGCAAAUAUGGCUGGCAAGAUUUCUUGCAAAAUAACAGUUACUGGCCGAAGUGGAUUUAUAAGCUCAUUCUCAAAUGUAUCACAUUAUACCGGAUCAACAUCUUUGAGAAAGACCAUUGGCUUUAAGAAACUAUGAAAUAAUUCAUUGUUGUUAUUCUGAGUGAAAUGUGAUCGAUAUGGUAUACUCUAGAUUCUCUUUUUUUUUCUUUCAUGUUUUUUUUUACAAUUAAACUUCUUUUGUAGUCUCCAGUUUAAUUAAUUAGCUUACUCAUAACUAAAUUGCUAAUUCAAAUGGUCAUAGAUGUAUGGUCAGACUACAUUUCUGUGCAACCUUUUGACUAUGUCGCCAUUUGUUUUGAUAUCAUCUUUUCGCUUGUUUAUUAUUGUUUUGCUUUGGUGAUAUUUUUCCAUGGAAUUUUUAUGCACUAGUGGCAUAACAAGACUAAAUGAUCGGGCACGCCAAGAUGCUGCUGUUCUUCGACUUGGAUUUCUUAAGCUUGAUGCUCGUGCAAGGGAGGACACAAGGAAGAUUGACCUUGGUGUUAAGGAAAAGGCUGCUCGGUUGAAGCAUUUAGCCACUGACAGGGCUCAAUCUGAUCUGAAGAGAGUAGCAGAUCAGCAUUGGAGUGAUGGGGCCUUAGAGGCCGACUUACGACGAGCUGACUUCAUAUUUAGACGACGUGCCAUGGAAGAUGCAUACAUGGCAUUGAAGUUUAUAAGAAACAUUCAUGACAUGAUGGCAAACAAAUUUUACCAAUUUCCUUCAAAUGAAAGGUCUUUCUCUCUCAAAGAUAAAAUGGGAUUCAUUACACUCAAAAAGAAUGGGAAAGCUCUUGAUCUAUUUGCAGAUGAGGUCACAACAGACCGUAUGCAAGCCAUUCAGGAAGCUUAUUGGACUAUGGCAUCUGCCUUACUGCCAUCUAGUCCAUGAUUCUAGCACAAGUCUUAUGGCUCUGAGAACUAUCAUCUAACAGUUUUCACUAGGAUGUAACUAUCUUACAACGAUGAGUCUCGAAGCUUCAAUGCAGCUAUUUGGUGAUGCUAAGGCCAAAUAUCUAAAUCCUUAUCUAUUUCAUCCCGGUUUCUUAUAAGUGUUCUUGGUGACAUCGUACAACUAGUUUUAGUGAUGUAUAGACACUUCUCCUCAAAUGACUAAUCCAAUUCGAGACUUCUGCUUCAUUUGAACUUGUUUAAACCAAGGAACCAUGCUGUUUUCCCUUGAUGCUAUGCUGAAUUGCCUUGCUCUUGGAUUCACUUUUCGGUUAUUCAACAGGAAUUGAGUGU